AGCAAGAUGGCGUCUGACGGUGAAGACGUUAUUGCAGUCGUCACAGUUCAAUGUUCUUAAUCUAUGCCUCCAUGUACACAUAUAUGUCCUUUAUUACACUAGUAAAUAGAGUAAACAUCGUUAAUAACUCUUUGCAUCCGGUUAUAUUAGUCUGAGCGCAAUUUGAUGCUUCUCGAGCUAGCUUAGCCUGCAAGUUAGUUUAGCUUGUUAGCUGCUAACAAAGACAGGCGGAAGUGAUCAAAACACAUCACUAAGUAGAGAUCAAUUGUGAGUGUAAAGUGUUGUGAUUGUGUGAAAAUGUGCCAAAGAACCAUAGCAGAGUACGAGGAGGAACUUUGUCCAACAAAAGAGGAGAAGGAGCGACAACAUGAAAAACCUCAAGUUGUGUUACACAGAACAGACAUCCAUCAGCUGACUGGAUACCAAGAAGAAUGUCUCCCUCAUCUGCAGGGGACAGUUUCACUUUGGAGUAUCCACAGCCCUCUUAUUUUAAAGAGGAAGAGGGGGGAGAGUGUCCUGUAGGGCAGGAGGAGGCUGAUGUCAGCAAGUUUCCACUGACUGUUGUCUCUGUGAAGACUGAAGAGCAUGAAGACAAACCACCUGAGUCCUCACAGCUUCAUCACAGUCCAAACGUCUGUGAAGAACAUCUUCUCCCUAAGCAACAGAAGUGGGGCUUCAGGGUGGAGGCACAGCCCUCCCACAUUAAAAAGGAAGAGGAACACCCACUAAUCCCCCAUUUUAAAGCGGAAAAGGAUGACCCACUGACCACUCACAUCAAAGAGGAAGAGGAGGACCCAUUGACCCCCCAUUUUAAAAAGGAAGAGGAGAAACCACUGAUAACCCAUUUUAAAGAGGAAGAGGUGGACCCACUGAGCCCUCACAUUAAAGAGGAAGAGGAGGAACACAACAUCAGUCAGCAGGGAGAGCAUCUUGAAGGACUGGAGGAGGUUGAUGUCACCAAGAUGCCAGUGACUGGUGUCCCUGUGAAGAGUGAAGAUGAUGAGGUGAAAGGUGAAAGUGAGGAGAGGGGAGGGGGGGAGCCUCCAAGCAGCAGCUCAACACAACACAUGACAACAGAAGCUGAUGGAGACCACUGUGGAGGAUCACAAGCAGACAAGCUCUUAGCUCCACUAUCAGAUAGUGAGGACACAACGUCACACUCUCCUGACACUGAUGAUGAAGACUCUAAAGAUGAUAAGACAUGUCACACUGACAACACUCACUUCACAUCUUCUCUCUGUCACAAAACCUUUAAAUACCAUUGUCGUCUAAAAUCACACAUGAGAACACACACUGGAGAAAAACAUUUUUCUUGCUCAGAAUGUGGUAAAGGUUUUACACGAAGUCAACAUUUGAAAGUACACAUGAGAACACACACUAGUGAAAAACCCUUUUCUUGCUCAGAAUGUGGCAAAAGUUUUUUAAGAAAUCAAAGUUUAAAAGCACACAUAACACACACUGGAGAAAAACCUUUUUCCUGCUCAGAAUGUGGUAAAAGUUUUGUAAUAAACCAAAGUUUAAAAUUACACACGAGAACACAAACUGGAGAAAAACCUUUUUCAUGUUCAAUCCGCGGUAAAGAUUUUACUCAUAAGCACAAUCUCAAAGCACACAUUAAAACACACACCGGAGAAAAACCUUUUUCAUUUUCAAUCUGCGGUAAAGAUUUUACUCGAAGGGACCAUUUCAAAACACACAUGAAGUUAGACACUGGAGAAAAACCAUUUACCUGCUCAGAAUGUGAUAAAAGUUUUGUAAUAAAUUAAAAUUUAAAAGCACACAUGAGAAAACACACUGGUGAAAAACCUUUUAUUUGUUCAAUAAGUUGUAAAAGUUAUAUAGACAAACAGCAAUUAAAAUCACAUAUGAGAACGCACUCUGGUGAAAAACCAUACUCCUGUUCGAGCUGCAACAAAAGCUUUGUCACCGACAAUCUUUUACAGUACACAUGAGAAGACACCCAGGAGAGAAAGUGUUGAGUUGCAGUGUGUGUGGUGAAAGAUUGUCUUCUAAGUACCAGUGUAAGAAACACAAGUGUGCUGGUGAGAACAGCAGCAGCAAAUGAAACUGCAGGAUUUGAAAUAAACUGUCCAGACUUUGUAAACUUUGACUUUCUAACAACAUCAGCACAUAUAACAUGUGUGACAUCAUUGUUGUGUGUGUAACACAAUGUUGUUAAUAUGAUUCUAACAUUUAUAGAUUAGACACUUCAGAUUAGUACUUUUAUUUCAGUCAAGUACAUGAGUUAAUAUACAUAUUUGUGUACUUUAAAAUGAACACAACAAUUUAACUGAAAAGGUGAGAAUAAACAGUACAUAAAAUGUUAGAUAAAAUAAACAUUUGAUAUGUAGACAGUCAUAAUUCACUUUUAUAAUUAUUCGUAAUAGUGUUUUAAUUUUCCUGAAGGAACUCUCCUUAAGGAAUCAAUAAAGUACUAUCUAUUCAUCUAUCUAUCUAUCUAUCUAUCUAUCUAUGUUUUUUGAAAUAAUGAAGUGUGACAUGUUUUUUAUUUUCUAAUUGUAGAUGAUUCCAUAGAUGAACUCCUUUAUAUGAUGUACAUAUUUGUUUUACAUGUGUUCAUACCUUUGCUUUUGAGUACACAUAAAUCCCUCUUAGUUCAUAUUUACUGGUUCACAUCUGAAACAUCUUCUGGACCACUUCAGGAAGCAUAUUAUUAUUUACUUUAUACAUCAUUUGAACAGUUGUCUUUUAUACAAUUUUAAAAUGUGUGACUUCAUGAAUCAUUUGUUGGGUCUCUAUAAUCCAUUCUAUGAAUUGUCUUUAUUACUCUCUUGUGUAAUAUGAUGAUUGUUGUGUGAUUGUUUUAUAUGUAUGUCCCCAGACUUUUAUGUAAUAAACAAUGUAUGUUUCAACUAAAGUUGGGUUCAAUAAAUGUAGUUAAUAUUUGUGGG